AUGGGAGACCCAUUCGCGCCCCGUUCUAUGAAGCGGAAGAAUGUCAAGGGUCUGGCUCUAACACCCGCUGCCGCAAAGCCUCCGCGCUUGGCCGAGUCUAAGAACGAAGAUGAACAGCAACUCGAGAUUGGAAUCGAGUAUAAGCUAGAUCUGAAGCCCGAAGACCUUGAUAUUCUUAAGGAGCUGGGGUCCGGAAAUGGCGGAACGGUCAGCAAGGUCAAACAUCUCACCACAGGCACGGUAAUGGCCCGCAAGGUCAUCCACGUCGAAGCGAACAAAGAAAUGCGUAAGCGAAUCGUUCGCGAACUUCAAAUCAUGCACGGCUGCCAUUCCGACUACAUUGUCACCUUUUAUGGCGCUUUCCUCAACGACAACAAUGAUGUAAUAAUGUGCAUGGAGUAUAUGGACGUCGGGUCCCUCGACCGAGUAUCAAGAGUAUUUGGCCCUAUCCGUGUCGACGUUCUCGGCAAGAUUGCGGAAGCCACGCUGGGUGGCCUCACGUACCUUUACAGCAAGCACCAUAUCAUGCAUCGAGACAUCAAGCCCUCCAAUAUUCUUGUCAACUCGAGGGGUGGCAUCAAACUAUGUGACUUUGGCGUAUCGGGAGAGCUAAUCAACUCGAUCGCCGAUACCUUUGUUGGCACGUCGACGUACAUGGCGCCCGAGCGUAUCCAGGGGAAAAGUACACGCUCAAACGCUGACCUCGAAGAUGCCGACUGCGCGCCGGCGGGGUGCAUGUCCAAGGUGCCCGAUGAGCGGCCGACACCUGAGGAGCUUUUUGACAAGGAUCCCUUUGUCCAAGCUGCCAAGAGGACGCCCGUCGACCUCCAGGAGUGGGCAGUCGGCCUCAUGGAGAAGGACAACCGAAAAUCGCACCUUGCGCCACAGCUCUCGCCGGCGACGCAAGAGCUCCUCCGAUCGACCGAUUCCCCCACUUUCUUCCAACAUCAAGCGACGCAGCAACAGCAGCCACACCAGCUCCAACUCCCCACAUCGAGGGCCUGUCCCUCAACCCUUUGGAGACUCCGACGUCGGGGAAAUUCCCAUCGGCGGAGCGGGCAUCAUCUCUCCUCGAGAUCACUACGAUCACGGUUCAUACAACAACUAUUCCCGGACGCCGAGUGCAGCAGUCCACCCCGCCAGUGCCGGCAUCGGCGGGUUCAGCCUUGCUGGUAG